AAAUUUGGCAGCAAUGAUAUGAUAAUUCAAAAAACAUUCGACUAAGAGCGGCGGAAUGACGUUUUCCGUUCGAAUAUUUUCAACAAUAGUCACACGCAACUUUUAUUUUGUCCAUUAAUAAUUAUUUAGCCUUAGACAAUGUCGUAGUUUCAAUAAGUCCAGCUGUCAAUAAUAACAGUGUUAAUAAUUAAUCGUAUUAAAAUACCUGGAAAUUAUAUUCACUGAUAACUGUUGACAGCAAAAACCAGUGGAUGAGUGAUACUUCACUUUCCUCGUGAGUAUAGGUUUUUUCGGAGGUGACUAGACAUGUCCUGGCAUUACAAAUUUAAUUUAUAUGGCGGCUCAUCAAAUUUAGUUUCAUUCAUACCUGCAAGUGCAUCAGUAUCAUCAUCCUCUUCAACACCAUCAGCAAUAACAACAACAAACACUGAUUGUAAAUUAAUAAAAGAACGUCAACGUCCAUUUUGGUUGCAAUUAAUCGUGAUAUUUUUUUCAAAACGAAUGCUGUAUGCUGCUGCUCAAUAUGGAAUUUCAUUUGGUGUGAUGCUUCAUUAUCAUACACGUUUAGGUUUUCAUUUGUUUCUACUUGCUGCAUGCAUACAGCACAAUGGAAAUAAUUAAAUUAUAAAUUAUUGUUAUUACUUGCCAUUAUUAUUAUUAUUAUAAUUGCUUGAUAAAUUCAAGUGGAAUAUUAACUGGCGGGUAUUAUAUAAAGUAAAAAUAAUAAAUUAAUAAAUAAAUCAAAAUGUUGACGUUAAGAUGGGUGUUGUUGAUAAAUAGAAAACAAAUUGUUAGACAAAGUGCGGUGAAAUUGACAGUUCUCCGUACUAGCGCACUAGGAAAUAAUUGUUAUCAGUUUCAUCUGUCACGGUCAUUAUACAAUGAAUCAUCGUCAUCAUUAGCCAAAAUUAGUCAGCGUGGAUUGCUCAGGAUAAAUAAUAGUGUUUUAAAUACAACACCUCGCCGACAUAUUUCACCGGCAGUCGCCUUAUUGAUAAGACCGCUCACGAGAAUUGGCGCAUUGUUGUUUGGAAGAUUCUUCAGAAAAUGGUGGGCCAAGAAAACUUCAGAGGAAAAGAAAUUGUAUAUAGACUGGGUCUCGAAGCAACGGCAAAAAAUAUACGGGGCCCUAGGAUUUCUUAUGACGAGUCUUUUUAUGUUCUACAUAAUGAAUAUUGAAGUUGAUCCCUUGACUGGAAGAUCCAGAUUUAUUAUUAUGACUUCCAAUCAACAAAAAGUUCUCGGAAGACUUACUUUUGAAAAUUAUUUGGAGAACUUUAAAGACUUUAUAGUACCUACCACGCAUCCAGCGUACAAAAGACUAUUAAGAGUAGUAAAUAGAAUACUAGAAGCUAAUCAAGAUUUACCUCAAGUUAAAGAAAGAGAAUGGACGUUAUCUGUAAUUGAUAAGGAUGAUCCAAACGCUUAUGUCUUACCAGGUGGAAAUAUUUUCGUUCACAUAGGAGCAUUAAAAUUAACUGAAAAUGAUGAUCAACUGGCUAUUAUAAUAGCUCACGAGGUCGCUCAUGUUCUUCUACAACAUCCUAUUGAACAGAUUUCUAGAAAUCUACUCCAAGAUAUUUUGAUGGCUGUACCCAUCGCUGUAGUAUGGGCACUGUUUCCUGAUCUAUUGGCACUGUUACUCCAAGCACUUGGAAUAAAUAUGUUUGAUAUCCUCGUAACGUACCCAUACAGCAGAAAGCUAGAAAAUGAAGCUGAUAACAUCGGACUGCAGUUGGCUGCCAAAGCUUGUUAUGAUGUACGACACGCUGUCGUACUGUGGGGAAUAAUGAGGACGCUUGCGGAAUUAAACAUAAAACCUGAAGUUGUUCCUUGGCUCAAUACGCAUCCUAAUCAUGAAGACCGAGAGAAAAAUUUGACUAAACAAUUACCUCUAGCGAUUGCCACCAGACAGCAGUCAGGAUGUCCAAUACUGAAUCCAGCUGAUCCAAUUAAAUACUUUAAUUCACUGAGUCUUAAAGAGCGAGAAAUAAAAAUGGAAAGAAGAGGUUUCGUGCAAUCAAAGAUACUGUUAUAAGAGCGAAGAUUAUCAUCAAUCAUUUAUUUAAUUAUGAUACUUCAA